GACCUGCACCAGGCAGCUGCUGCUCACUGGAGCCUGUGCGCCGCUGCAGCACCCUGUUCCUCCUCCUGCAGCCCCGGAGCGGAGCGCAUGUUUACAGCCCACCGAGGGGCGUUUGCUACAGAUUGACAGGAUUUACUCUGCUUGAUGAGUCUGAUUGUUUUUAUUCUUUUAAACACAGCGUGCAAGCCUCUCACGCGUCCUCUUUGGAGCUGCGGACACCGGGUCAGCCUGCAGCAGCCGCGCGUGCUCGUAUAGAACAAGAGUUUACAAAGUGGUUCUGUGCGGCAUCAUCCCAUCAAACCUGCAGGGUCCAGUUCUCCUCUGUUGGAAUUCUUGUCAUGUUUUGAGAGCAGCAGUGCAGUGGUUGGCAUCGGUUCCAUCGGGGCCUUUCUGUGUGGAGUUGGCACGUUCUCCCCAGGUUUUCUCUUCAGGUUUAAACCUCAAGGUGUGGAAGUGCAGGUGUGGUGGUGAAGUUUGGACCAGAUGUUCUUUGAGUAUUCUGCCUCAUCCUGGAUUAGAAGUCACUCGCUAAAGGCCCUACAGCAGCUAGCUAGCAGCAAAGAAGCCUAAUGCUCACAAAUCUUCCCUUCAUACUCUUCUCCUGAAACACUGCCUCUCCUCGAAAGAUUUCUGCGAGCAGAGAGCGCAGAAAAAAUGGCGCUCAGCUCUCAGUAUUGGCCUCCUUUAAUCUGGCUGUGCGUGGGAUUGCUUCUUGCCUUCCUGUCGCCCAUACAUGGCAAAGAAUGUCCUUGUUUGUGCGUGUGUGAGAUCCGCCCUUGGUUCACCCCCCAGUCAACCUACAAGGAGGCAAUUACAGUGGAUUGCAAUGACUUGAGGCUCACACACAUCCCCACAAACCUGUCAACAGAUACCCAGGUUUUACUGCUUCAAAGUAACGCCAUCUCACACACCAAUGGAGAGCUGGAAGUACUAUUCAACCUGACAGAGUUGGACCUAUCUCAGAACAACUUCAGCACUGUGGAAGCAGUGGGCCUCACAAGCAUGAACCACCUGACCACUCUGCAUCUAGAGGAGAACCAGAUCAGUCAGCUGCCAGAUCACUGCCUGGGAAACCUCUCCAACCUCCAGGAGCUCUACAUCAACCACAACCAAAUCAAUUCCAUCUCUCCUCGGGCAUUUGCAGGCCUGCACAGCUUACUUCGCCUUCAUCUCAACUCCAACAGGCUGCAUGUCAUAGACAGCCGCUGGUUUGAAGAAACACCUAACCUCGAGAUCCUCAUGAUUGGGGAGAACCCAGUUAUUGGCCUCUUGGAUAUGAACUUCAAACCUCUAGGAAGCCUGAGGAGUCUGGUUCUGGCUGGCAUGGACCUCAUUGAUGUGCCAGCUAAUGCAUUUGUAGGUUUGGAUACAUUGGAAAGUAUUUCCUUCUAUGACAACAAACUGGUCAGAAUCCCUCAGCUGGCACUUCAGAAAGUCCCCAAUCUGAAAUUCUUGGAUUUAAACAAAAAUCCAGUUCACAAGAUCCAGGAAGGAGACUUCAGGAACAUGCUACGUCUGAAGGAGUUGGGCAUCAACAACAUGAUGGAGCUGGGGUCUAUUGACCGCUAUGCUCUUGACAACCUACCAGAACUGACAAAGCUGGAAGCCACAAACAACCCUAAACUGUCUUAUGUCCACAGGCUGGCCUUUAGGGACAUGCCUUCCCUGGAGAGCCUGAUGCUGAACAAUAAUGCUCUCACUGCCCUUUACCAGCACACUGUGGAGGUGCUGCCUAAUCUGCGGGAGAUCAGUCUGCACAGCAACCCAUUGCGCUGCGAUUGUGUCAUUGAGUGGAUGAGUUCUAAUAGGACCACAGUACGCUUCAUGGAGCCUCUGGCCAUGCUGUGCAGCUCCCCAACUGAACUCAGGGGCCAGCUGGUUCGUGAGAUGAGGCUCUUGGAGUCCUCGGAGCAGUGCCUCCCCCUCAUAUCCCACGACACCUUCCCCAGCCACUUGAACCUUGAGCUGGGCAUGAGUGUCAGUCUUGAUUGCAGGGCCAUGGCUGAGCCAGAGCCAGAGAUCUACUGGGUGACUCCUCUUGGGUCUAAAAUCACGAUAGACACAGUGUCAGAGCGUUACCACUUGAGCAGCGAGGGGACCUUGCGGUUGACUCACUUGCAGGUGGAAGAUUCAGGUCGUUACACCUGUGUGGCCCAGAACACAGAGGGGGCUGACACAAGAGUCGCCACCAUCCGUAUAAAUGGCACCCUUCUUGAAAGUGCCCAAGUGAUGAAAAUCUUUGUCAAGCAGACUGAGUCCCACUCGAUCCUGGUUUCCUGGAAGGUCAACUCAAAUGUUAUGUCCUCCAAUCUGAAGUGGGCCUCAGCCACCAUGAAGAUCGACAACCCGCAUAUCACCUACACAGCUCGCGUCCCUGUAGACGUUCAUGAGUACAACCUCACACACCUUCAGCCUAACACUGAGUAUGAGGUGUGCCUCACAGUCUCCAACGUCCACCUGCAGACACACAAAUCUUGUGUUAAUGUGACGACACGUAGCGCCACCUUUGCCCUGGACCUGUCAGAGCAGCACCCAAGUGCUGCUGUACUCGCUGUCAUGGCAACCAUGCUGGCCUUCAUCAGCCUGGCAACUGUUGGCAUCUACAUGGCCCGCAGAUGGAAGAGAAAAAACUACCACCACUCUCUGAAGAAAUACAUGCUGAAGACCUCCUCCAUCCCCCUUAACGAGCUCUACCCUCCCCUCAUCAACCUGUGGGAGGUUGACGGUGAAAAGGACAAGGAUGGUAGCACAGAGGGGAAACCCUCUCCCGUUGACACCACACGUAGCUAUUACAUGUGGUGAGGUUUUGGUGAGGAGGCCUAGCUGCCUCUCCAGCAGCACAAAAAGACACACUUUUGCCAUUUUGGUGCAAAAGUAGAAUAAAGUUGCAAAAUGUUGUUUUUUGUAUUCGAAGCUUUGCUGAUAAGAGGCAGAGUGAUUAAGGACAGGAUUUCUAUUAGUAUAGCGUAUCGCCUUUGUUUGAUUCUUUCUAUCUCUUACUUGUUUCGGACUCUCCAUGGCAGCUGUAUUUAGCUUCCAGGUCGUCUUAGAUGCUAUGCUCUGUUCCUUGGUGCUUUUUUGACUCCCUUUCUUUUGAGUUGAUAAUCUAGCAGUUGGGGCCGGCGGUCUUUUAGAGAUCAGCGUUUCUUUCUCUGUAUUGUAAAACAGGUAAUCUGUUGAGCACUGAUGGAAACAGGAGUUUGUAAGAACUCCAAAUAAAAGCUGACAGCGGGUAUUAGACUUGUUAUACUGUCUACUGAAUGUUAGCAAUUGUGCAGUAAUGUUGUAUCAACUAUACCUUUGACCUUUCUGAUUUAAUUUGCAAGAUGCUAGGAUUUUAUUUUACUGAUAAAUGUGGUGUUAAUGCUAGAAAUACAAAUUGUUACAAUAUAUUGAGUUUUUUUAAACUAAGGUGCGCUAGAAAUGUUUUGACUGUGUCCCUAUUUACUUGCUUAUUUUGCUAGAGUUUUGAUUGCUAAGUGCUUAGUUUAUUUUCACAUUAAAUAUGUACACAUAAAAAAAAUCAAUAAAUGAUUUUUGGUUC